UUUAGGUAAAACAGAUAGCGUUUUUCGAAAUAGAGAAUAGUGCAUAUUAUUAAAGCAUAUUGUUUAAAUUCGACAAAGGCGAAAAUCCUAACUUUGGAAGAUGGGAAACAGUCAGCCAACGAAUGCACCUCCCAGCAAACAAGAAAAAGUAAAAAAAUCACUUGCUACAAUGUGUGAAGCUGUUGCGAAUGCUCUCCUAGAGUGUGCUACAAUGGAGGAUGAAUGGGAACAGGAGGAUAACAUAAAGGCAGCUGCCAGAGAAAUUUUAAAAAUAUGUGAGAAGCAAGUAACGCACAGCGCUAAAGAACUCGUGGAGGCAAUUAGACAACAGAAUAGAAUGAAGAGAUUGAUGGCAUCUGCUGUUGGAAGCCAAGGAGCUAGUGCAACGAUGUUGAAAUUAAAGGCGGACCUCAUGUUUUUGGAAUUAUUAAAAGUUGCUAUUGACCAAAAAAUGGGUGAAACAGGGUCUUCGGCGUCUUCCAGAUCAGAAUCUGGAUCAAGUACGCAUAAUUCAACAGCUAUUUCACACCCAUGGACUAGAAAAGACGUUUUAGGAAAAGGAGCAUUUGGCACAGUAUAUUCAGCAGUCGAUAACAAUGGACUGAAAUUUGCUGUGAAGGAAGUUCCGAGGGACGGGGUGCAAGAAAGCUGCCUAAGGAAUGAGGUCAAGUUGUUGGGAAAACUAUCGCACAAAAAUGUAGUUAAAUUGUACGGCUGUGCUGGUGAUAAAGAAAAUUUUUUCAUGUACAUGGAGCUUAUGCAGGGAUCCGUAAAGGAGAAAAUAGAAAAAAGCGGCAUGCCUAUACCGGAAAGUAUAGCAAAGAAAUAUACCAAAGAUCUAUUGCAAGGACUGAUCUAUCUUCACCAGAACGACGUUAUUCAUCGUGAUAUCAAAUGCGCAAAUUUGCUGUUGGAUGUUCAGGGAACAGUGAAAUUGGCGGAUAUGGGGAUUUCUAAAAUUCACAAACAUGAGACAGCGUUUACAACUGCAGACGACACCGCAGGAACUGUGCCGUGGAUGAGUCCUGAGGUAUUGAGUGGACACGAAGGGCGGGAACGAUCCGAUGUUUGGAGCGUUGGCUGCACUGUUUUUGAAAUGGUCAAAGGAGCAGCACCUUUUCAAGAAGAAUUACCACCUGUACUAUUGGCAAUUAUAUUGCCGAGAAUGAUUCUUGGAUUUGGGCACCAAAAACUCGUAUCGGAUCAAACUGACUUUGGUCCAGCAUUACAGAAUUUUCUUCUGAGAAUUUUUGUCAAGAUGGACGACCGACCAUUUGCUGAGCAGAUUGCAGAUCAUCCAUGGGCAAGAUAGGCCGAAAAAAAGUGAUUUAAUCAAAAUCAGAAAAAUGAUCAGAGUUGAGAUGCGUUAAAUUUAAAUACUGGUUGUCUUUAUUCUUACAUUGGUAAUAUACAUAACAUAUUAUUAUACUAAUUGAUCAUUAUAAUUUACGCUACCGUGUUAAUAAUAACGGAAUGCAUAUCUUUUGUACAUCGAUGAGACAUAUUAAAAUUUAAUUAUUUUAUCUCUUUUUGUGAAAAUCAUGUUUCAGUUAAAAUCAAUAUAUAUUAAAGCGUUUAUUUUGUGCGCUGUAUUGCUGUAUUAAAUUGCCACCGCCACAUACAUCAUAUUUUAUAAUGUGGUUGUGGUGUAAAACAAUCAACUUUAAUUGAAGAAUUAAUAUGUAUUUUGAAGUAUAUCAAAAAUAUAUAAUUUGUAAUUGAAAGCAAGAAAGUAAUGGUACUUCCCAUCAGGCCGCGGUAUGGCACUGAUGCCACGAUAAUAUUCUAUCACAGUCCAAAGUUAACGUUGCUAUAUUGGUAGCUGUUCCUUGUGUUGUUUUCAUGAUCGUUCAACUUUAACUACUAAAUUCAUUAAUUUUUGCAACUUGUUGAAUAUUUUUGGAAUAUUCUUACUAUUCAUUACCCUCAGAGUUACGUCGUAAUAUUUUAUUUUUAUUCCAAUGCCAAACAAGUUCACUUAUGUCGGCGUUAAUCUAGCCCUUUGCUAAUUAAAUAAAACGAAUGUUAUUAUCAUUCGAACUUAGAAGGUCAAGAACCUGGUAGUCUCAACAAAGCUUAUAAAAAAUCUAGAUGUUAUACUGUAUUCGGAAAAUAUUGGAUAUUUAUGAUAUUCCCUGUGAUUUUUUGGACUUACUUACGUCACAUCCUAUUUCAUGCUAAUGCUAUCUUCAAUUGCCGUGUAAAGUUCAUCCAAUUCAAUUUUGUCUCUUAAUAUCAAUAUCCUAUAUUUCAAGUAUAUAUUUUUUCGGCGUAUUCUUUUUUAUAGGUAAUCGUGUAUUGUUCUUCGCGCAUUAGGCAACAUUUUAUGAUUUCCUUUGCUGAAAUUUUACCUUGUAAGCCUGCGUAUAACUUUUAUUCCUACGGGGUUUACAGGAUCAUCAUUUUUUUUUAGUUCAAAGAGAUUUUUAUUAUUCUUCCAAGUAAGUUUUAUCUUCGUAUAUUAUUUGU